UACACUGAUUGACUAUGUUCAGACCCUCAGUUGAUUCACGAAGGGGUGGAGGAUCACUUAGUUUUGACCCGUUUUAUUUCUUACAGUCAUCACUGGAUACAAUACUAUGGUUUUGUUUGAUGGCAAGAGAUGCUUCUCAGGUAGUGAGGCAGACUUCAGCUCUUCCAGCAGCACAGGCAGCCUAAAGACCAGGGAGAGCCUCAUUUCUAACUCAGCUGGAAAGAAAGCUCCGCCACGGAAUCGCAGCACCCACAUCAGACCCCUCCCAGUGUUCAAACCAGCUGGAAGCCUGACAGCCAACCGUGACGCAGAGCUCUACGCUCCCUACAGGACUCCUCCCAGAGCUGCCUCCUCAAGCAACAGCAGCAGCUGCAACUCCAGCCCCACCUACAGAUCCCUGGCCAAAAGAAGAGCGAACCUGGUCCGCUACCAGUCCUGUGGAGACAACCAUGGUGUCAGACCCCCAAACCCUGAGCAGUACCUCACGCCUUUGCAGCAGAAGGAAGUGGCCAUCAGACACCUGAAGACCAAACUGAUGGAGUCUGAGAACAGAGUCCAUGACAGAGAAACAGAGAUUGAGGAGCUUAAGGCCCAGCUCUGCAGAAUGAGGGAAGACUGGAUUGAAGAGGAGUGUCACCGGGUGGAGGCUCAGCUAUCUCUGAAAGAGGCUCGCAAAGAGAUCAAACAGCUGCGUCAGGUGGUGGAGACCAUGAAGAGCAGCCUGAUGGAGAAGGAUAAGGGAAUACAGAAGUAUUUCAUUGAUAUCAACAUUCAAAACAGGAAGUUGGAGUCCCUGCUGCAAAGCAUGGAGCUCGCCCAGAGUGGUGCAAACCUCCAAGAUGAAAACACCUUAGACUUCAUCUGUGACAACCCUGACAGUGGUGGGAAGAAGAUGGUAGGAGAGGAAGAGGGUGGGAUGGAGCUGGGAGACCAAGGGGCAGAGGCGAUGGCAGACAGUGGGCUGCUGAUAAAUGAUGAGAUGGCUAACAGAGCGGACAUUUUGGAGCAGGUCUUCAUGUCAACUGCGGUGGACUUCAGUCAGGACGCUAGUGGCAAGCUGAGGGCAGAGGCAGAGUCUGGACCUGGGGUGUCUUCGCUGUCAGAGGAACAGUUUAUUGAUAAAUCUUCUGCACCCACACCAGCUCUACCAAACACAGUUCCCACCACCUUCACCAUCUCCUCAACCUCACCCUCCCAGCAGACCACAGAAGAUAAAGGAAUCCAGACCGACACAAUGCCCAUAUCUCCAGACCUGCAGGCGCUACUCCUCCAGCUGCUGAAGUUCCAUGGGGCUGCAGUGGGUGACAGAGCUCUGUCUGCCUCCAGCAGUCUUUUGGGCUUCCCAAACCUGCCCUCUUCCACUUCGACCACUGCCAUUCUCCCUGACUCGACACCUCCUCCACCCAGCGUGCCCAGUCCUGUUCACCCAGAGAGCCCCGACACCUCCACUGAUUCCGGCAUGUGCUGCUCGGAGCCUGCACAGAGCCGACGGUUCAUGGAGGAGCUGGACUUUGGUGUCAGUGACGAAGAACCUUGUCUGUCACCAGAACUGGAUGUGGUUGGCAAACAGUACUGGAGCAACAGCUUCCUGGUGGAUCUGGUCGCAGUGGCAGCCCCGGUGUUACCCACGGUGGCCUGGCUGUACUCACGACACGGUGUGGAUGGAAGCUCUCCAGUGUACAACAUUGCUGCUCUUAUCAGGGGCUGUUGCAUCAUGGGAUUGCAGUCUCUUCGUCAUGUCACUCACAGGCCAGAAGCAUAAUGGAUCCCAAUCUGCAUGCACACACCUAACCUUGAACUAAAAGCACUUAAGCAUCUUUUCGAGAGUAUUUGAGACUUGUUUUUGUUUGACACCUGAUAUCAAUGCAGUUAUUUUGGUUCCAACACUGUUAAUUUGCACUGUAUAGUUACCAUGAGUUGAAGCAAAAAUGGUGACACGAAAGGGAUUAUUUAUAAUAGGGGAUAUAUAUAUAUAUAUAUAAUAUAUAUUUAUUUAACAUUGACAUGUACAAGCUGAUCAUCUGGGUAGAUGGUUGUGUGUUAUCAUUGUCCUGUGGUGUCCCUAGCUGUCCUCGAGUUUUAAAAAAAAAAAAAAAAAAAAAAGUUCUUUAUGUUUAGGGGGAAAUUUUUAGAAAGUGAAAGAUUGAAUGUUAGUUUCUGUUUGACAGGUUCUGAAAUUUCAACUGUUUUGAGUUAUUGUUCAAAAAGAAACCUUAAGCCUUGAGCCAAAGCUUUAAUGUGAGUUCACUUUUAUUGUUUCGUGAAGGGUUUGUUUUUUUUUUUUUUCUUCUCCUCCUCUUCCCUCCCUGGGAGUACAGCUUUAUUCAGUACAGUCUGUGUAUUGUUCAUAGAAAAUAAGCUGAUGCUUCAAAGCAACUGACACUUGUUAUGUGCCUGCGCUAUGUGCAAUACUGGUGGUUUACAUCAAAUGUCCUUGUAUCUUUAUUAUUAAAGCAUGAUAAUUCUGGCCA